AUGUCUUCAAGCACAAUCAGAAAGGCGAUUGGUGUGGUGAAAGACCAAACUAGUAUAAGCCUAGCCAAAGUUGCAGGCAAUGUAGCACCAGAUCUCGAGGUGCUGAUAGUGAAAGCAACAGGUCAUGACAUUGAGCCAGCUGAAGAAAAAUACAUAAGAGAAAUCCUUCACCUCAUAUCCCAAUCAAGAGGAUACGUAAGCGCGUGUGUUUACAACAUCUCAAAACGAUUGAACAAAACAAGCGAUUGGGUCGUGGCAUUGAAGGCAUUAAUGCUUGUACACAGAUUGUUAGUAGACGGAUCCCCAAUUUUCGGUCAAGAGAUCAUGUUCGCAAGCCGAAAAGGUACACGAGUAUUAAACAUGUCGGAUUUUCGCGUUGAAGCUCUUUCUAAUUACUGGGAUCAUUCCGCUUUUGUGAAAAAUUACGCUUUGUACCUCGAUCAGAAGCUUGAGUUCAUCGCGUUUGAACGAAAACUAAGCGGUUUCAACGAUAAAUGGCGUUUUGAAGAAAGAUAUGGUGGAUUUAGAGAUGAUCAUAGUUAUGGAAUCAGUCAUAAAUCCAAAUCUUAUGGUGAUUUAUACUACGAAUCGAUUUCACGAAAAGAAUCAAAAGCAGUUACACCCGUUAAAGAGAUGAAACCCGAUAGGGUUUUGGAACGAUUGAAUAAACUUCUUCGACUUAUUGAUCGUGGAUUAUUGUGUAGGCCAGCUGGAAGUGCGAAAACCAACAAAAUGAUUCUUGUCGCACUUCACCUCGUUUUGAGAGAAAGUUUUCGUAUUUAUGCGGAUAUAUGGGAGGCUUUAGGUGUUUUACUUGAUCGAUUACCCGAAAUGGAAUACGAGAAUUGUGUCAAAACUUUUGAUCAAUACGUAAGCGCAGCUAAAACAAUCGACGAGCUUUUUGACUUUUACAAAUGGUCAAAAAAUUUAGGUGUUGCUAGAGCUUCGGAGUUUCCCGAAGUUCUAAAGAUCACAGAUAAAGUUUUGGUAACCUUAGAGAGAUUUAUCAGAGAAAAAAAGAAAAGGCUUAAGAAAUUAGCCAUAGAAAACGGACCAUCAUCCACCACCACACCACCACAAACCACCGGUGACCUGUUGGAUCUGAAAGAUGAAAUUGUUCCGGUUGACAACCAUGAAAACACAAACACAAACACAUUAGCACUUGCUUUGUUUUCUGAAAGUAAACCUUGUUCUUCAAAAAUAAAUGAAAAUGGAAAAUCUGAUUGGGAGCUUGCAUUGGUGGAAUCCGCUAGUAGUUUAUCGAAUCACAAGGUUGAUACGGGUGUUAUUGAUCCGGUAAUGUUGAAUGAUAUAUAUGAUAAUAAUGGAAGUUCUGUAUCUGUAUCUGGGUUGGGGAGAACUGUAACACCUGCAAUAACAACAUCAGUGUUAGCACUACCUGCACCCAGCGAAUCCACACAGAAAGUGGACCCGCAAGAUCCUUUUGCAGCAUCUCUUAUGGUCCCACCUCCGCCGUACGUCCAACUUGCUGACUUGGAAAAGAAACAGAGUUUUCUUGUGCAGGAACAACAGGUGUGGCAACAACCAUAUGGAAACAAUACGAUGCUAGGGCAAGUACAAGGGCCUAUGGACAAGAUCAAUGGUGGUGUUGCUGCUGCUUUCAAUGGCAUGGGACAGCACACAGGGUAUAACUACGCACAUUAUUGA